AUGGCACCACCGGUCCCUGUCUAUUCAGCUGAGGAAAUCCGGCUACAGUACAAAGAUCAACUUGAAAACUUGGCGAAAUACAAGUGUCACCUCAAAUCACUAACGCAACAUGAAUGCACAUUCAAAGCAGGUACAGAUGCAACUCUGCCUCGAAUCAUAUGUUUACCUUUUAAAAGACUUUUCCAAAGAUGUCUAAUACCUACUAUCGAACAAAAGAAUGGCAAAAAGAUUCGAUGUGAAAAGUGGGUAAAUAUCGAAGUGACAAAGGAGUCGACGAAUCAGGAUUUGUUGGAUGAAGGAUCAAAAUACUACGACUAUGUUCAAGAUUUCCUAGCUGCAGAAAAGGAAUUUAGAGACUUGAUGGAAAAGGAAGCAGAAUAUAGUGGUUGA